AAAAAAAAACACUCCCACCAUUGACCAGAAUGACGAGCGAAAACGUGCAUAGCAAAAAUGUGACAAUAUUUCAUGCCUGUCAGUUGUCAUUUGUCUGUUAAGUAGAUAUCAUCGUCUUAAGAAGUUAAAUAAUAAUUUAAAGGGACUGAAAAUUAAUUAGACUUGUAGAGUUAAUUUAUUCAACAAUUUUUACAAUGGAUGUAAUCGAAACUGUUACCAAUGCCGGAGAGAAGAAAACUAUAGCAAACUUUUUGAGCGGGAAAGUUAUUCUUAUUACGGGUGGUACCGGAUUUUUAGGACAGUGUUUAAUUGAAAGAUUACUAAGUGCCACACCAGGACUUAAAAAGAUUUAUGUUCUGGUUCGGGGAAAAAAUGGCUACACUCCAGAAUCAAGAAUAAAAAAAUUGAUGGAAAAGACUCUUUAUAACGACCUUGACGAGCAAACCAAAGCAAAAGUUCAUCCUCUCGUUGGGGAAUUAUCAAAGCCUAAUUUCGCAAUCUCUCAAGAAAUUCUUGAUAUGUUGUAUGAGGAAGUCAACAUUGUUUAUCAUGUGGCUGCGACAAUAAAAUUCAACACAUUUAUAGGUGAAGCAAUCAAAAUAAAUCUUAUUGGGACACAAGUUGCUGUUGAAUUUACAAAACAAUUGAAAAACUUGGCGUCUUUUGUUUACGUUUCGACUGCAUUUUGCAACAGUUGCUAUUUAAAUCAGGGUAUUAAAGAACAAGUAUACGAAUCAAGUGUAGAUCCUUAUGAUAUGAUUAAGUUAGUGACUGAUAAUCAGGAUUAUGAUAAAACAUUACCUAAAACGGGUACACCUGAGCUGUUAGAGUUUAUAAGCCCGCAUCCAAAUACAUAUACGUUCACAAAACAACUUGCGGAAAAUUUGAUCAAAAGAGAAUUAAGAAAUUAUCCAGCAGGAAUCAUAAGACCGAGCGUUGUUUAUGGGACCUAUCGAAGUCCUAUGCCUGGUUGGUGUGGAUCUGCAAACAGUGGCCAUAUUGGUUUUCUUGCUGGAUAUUCUAAAGGCUUGUUUCGAACUAUGGGAGGGGAUGCAUCUUCAGUAAUGGACCUCAUUCCAUGUGACUAUGUUGCAAAUGCAACUAUUGUACUUUCCUGGUAUGUUUCUACAUAUCGAGUCAAGGAAGUUGAAGUUAUUCAUUGCACGAGUGGCGAGAUAAAUCCACUUACGUUUGGAGAAUAUUGUGAAUUGCUGAAUGAAGCAACAAGGAAGCAUCCAAAUGAUUUUAUAAUAUGUCAGCCAAAGGUUAAGGUUCGCAAUGGUUUGCGAUAUAAAUUGUUCAUAUAUCUCUUUCAUUUCUUACCGGCAUCAGUCUUUUAUUUGCCUGAACAUUUCCUAGCGAUGAAAAAGCCUCCUCGAAAAACUAUCGAUUAUGUACGAAUUUUUGAUAACGGUAUAAAAGCUUUUGACUAUUUCACAAGCAGAAACUUUCAUUACCACAUGCACAACUCAUUAAGGAUAUUAGAUUGUUUAGAACCUGAAGAUGCUGAAGAAUACAAUUAUAAUGUACAAUUUUGUGAUUGGAAGAAAUACAUGGAAGCACAAAUCAUUGGCAUAAGAUACUUUUUCUAUAAAGAGUCAAAGACAACAACAAUUUGGCAUAAAAUUAUGUAUCACAUGUAUGGUGUUGUUCAAUUCCUCUGGUAUAUUAUCGGCUUCUUCAGCUUACAAUAUAUGCUUUCAUUCUUUUUGGAACCUUCAUUUGCAUAUGCGCUUACAAUUUUCAUUUUAUUAUUUAUCAAAUGGGUAUAG